AUGAUUACACCAUCAAUGAUGAGAAAAGUAUACGGCAUUUCUGUAAAUUCGGAGCAAAAUAUGUUUGCCGUAGCUGCCGAAGAUGGAUUUCGUAUUUUCCAAUGCAAUCCAUUACAUCAGUUAAUCCGGUUAGAUAAACGUGUCGUUGGAAGUUUAAGAAUUGGCAAAGUUCUUGGUUGCUCAAAUUUUUUUGGAAUGGUCAGUGGUGGAUUUUGCCCGAAAUAUGCCGAAAAUGUCGUAAUGGUAUGGAAUGAUGAAAGAAAAAAGGAUGAUUUUUACAUGGAAUACACGAGCACAUCGCCUGUUCUCAAUUUCCAUAUAUCAAAAACGAGGAUGGUUCUAGUAGGGAUAAAAAAAAUUCAUGUAUUUAAUUUUCCACAAGAAAUGGUCCCAGUAAAAACAAUUGAAACGGGAGCGAAUAUUCACGGGUUGUGUGAACUUAGUAGUGAUCCAAAUAUGGAGCUUCUCAUUUAUCCAGGACAUCAGAAAGGCAGCGUUCAGUAUAUUAAUUUACGUGAUGUUGCGCGGCAUACAACUUUGACACCAACAUUAAUCAAUGCUCAUCAAACUGAUAUUGCACAGUUGGCACUGAAUAAUACGGCUACUCUUUUGGCUACUGGUUCAACUAAAGGAACGGUGAUACGAAUUUUUGAUACGAAAAGCGCAGAACUAAUACGUGAAUUCAGGCGAGGCGCUGACCCUGUUACUUUGCAUUGCUUACGUUUUUCACCAUGCUCUGGUUUUUUGGCAGUUGCAAGCGAUAAAGAUACUGUGCAUAUUUUUGCUGUAAAAAAUAAUGAUCCAACAUGGACGAACAAGAAAACAUUAUGGCAGCAAGUUGGUCUUGUAUCAGAGGAUGCUGAUCGUGCGCGGAUACAAUUCAAAUUAUCAAAAGCUACUCAGAAUGUUACCCUUACUGAGUUGGCCUUCAUAAAAAAUAGUAGUGAAUCAACCGGCACAGAAUUGAAUGUCAAAAAUCGUUUUGUUUUACGAAGUCAUGCUGUGGUUGCAAUUUGUGAUGAUGGAAGCUAUAAUUUGUUCACAUUUUCAUCCGAUGGUACAUUUGAUUUGAUACGUGAUGAGUAUUACUUAGAUUGGGGUGACGAUGAGCAUUUUUUCAAACAGUGUUUUGAAUGA